UAUCUUCGGUCGCGCUGCCCUUUAUGCUUCGGGGGCUCCCCAGCGAAGCGCCCUAAUGAACGGCCCGAUUAUAUUGUAUGCUUGGAUGCAUGCUUCACCCAAAAGCGGCGGAAGGGCAAGGGCGAUGGACGAGACCACCCGAGACCUCACGCGGAGACCGUUUUCGUGCCGGAAGCUGACGUCAAGGCCAUGGAAGAACGAGUGGACAACCUACGACCAUCUCGCAGCGGCCCAUCUCAAAGCGAUCAUCGGUCGCGCGGUGACGAUGCAGAGGACGGCUAUGAGGGCAACCUCAAGAUUCCGGUCUCGGUGCUCGACGGCUGCAACGAGUCGUUCUUGGCCGCUGAUGAGAAGCGUCACAAAGCGAGCACACAGUUCUUCGCCGACACAGGGCUCAUGGCGUUAUUGUGUCGGCACGAUCGUGUGCUUUGGCUGGUCAAUAUGACAUUCGCUGGCGAACGUCAAUUCUACGCCCUCGCACUCAUUUCCCGACUUUUCGAGCACAUUCCUCCGGAUGCAACUGUCGGUAUACUGUAUGACAUAGCGUGCCAGCUUCACCGCAGCUGCGUCAAAUGGGGACUCCUCGACGACCAUCUCCUUGGUCGCAUUCUAUUCGCGAUCUCAAUCUUUCAUGCGUUUGGCCAUCAGUGGCCGUGCCAAGUAAUCUAUCACCCUCGCAAGUGCUUAGGUUUCGGGCUGACAGACGGAGAAGAAUGCGAGCGGUUCUGGAGCUCCAUCCGACCUCUCAUUUCGACACUACGUGUUUCCGGAUAUCAUCAGAGACUUUUUGUGUUGGAUACACAGGUCAAACAUCUUGACGAGCAGUCUCUUGCACGGCUCGGGCAUUGGCUCGGUCGCAAAUGGAUUCAAUGUCACGACAAGAAGCUUGUGGCGCAGAAUGAUCUGGCUGCCUGCCGCAUCAAUGAGCAUGUGUUACGGGAAGAAUGGAAGGCUCAGGUAAAGGAACAGACCAAGCCGGCCCCUCGACGAACGAAGAAUGGCGCAAAGCAUGCCAUCGAGGCAAUUCUAGCCCUGCAGAAGAGCGCUGAUGCAUACAAGACAAUGAUCCGUGAUUUGGAACACAAACUCGCAAGGCCCAUUAAUUCCGUCGACAUCGCAGAACUUAGCUUGCAGCUAGAGGAAGCCCGUCAUAGGGCAGCUCAGACAUCUGACACCAUCUCACGCAAGAAGGCUGCACUGGGCAUCAGUGAUCGUGUAAGGCUCACCAAGCUCCUCAACGACGAGUUCCUGCGCAUCCGCAUGAAUGCGCAAGCUUUGAAGCAGCGCAUCCGUGAUCGCUUGCGGCACCGUAAGUUUGAAAUCGAGCGGCUUGAACGGUCGUACCGGCAGACCGUCAGCGAGCGAAAGCUUACUUCGCACACGGAAAAUUCGGUCAAGCGACGUGAACCUGGGAUACUCAAGCUAACGAAGGCAUACAAUGAGCUAUGUAAACAACUCGUCGGUCUCAUUCAAAAAAAGAAAUCACCACCUCGCGCAGUCGCCCCUGUGCCGAUUGAGGUGAAUGGGCUCUUCAAGCUUGAUGUCGACGACGAUAUCUGGCAAGACGUAGGUCUUGACGAUGAUGAGACUGGCGCUGCAGUACCUCGCUGGCUUGGUGAUGAUUCUGUUCGUGCUGGAAUCAAGGCCUUGCUCAUCCUUGAUCGUUGCAAAGAAGAGGAAGCCAGGCUACGUGAGGAGCGUCGUGCCAUGCAAGAAUGGCUGAGUGAGGAAUGGGAAUGUGUUCAGCAUGCACGACAUGAUGCAGGUGAGUUUCAUCAAUAA